AUGAUGCCAAAUGGUAGGGCUAAUGGAGUGCCCGAGGCACAAGACGAUCGAGCUGAUAGGGUGGCGUUGGAAGUGCCGAAUAAUGAAGCGGCGCCCAAUGGACAAGAUGAUGGAGAUAGGAUAUUUGGGGCGGCGAAUGAAGCAGGAGAUGGUGAAAAUGAAGAGCUCGGGAUGCCGAAUCUUGGACUGCCGAAUGGUUACCAUCAUGAGGAUGAUGAAGAUGAAGUGCCGGAGGGUCCGCAUGAUCCGAUCCUAGGGUUAGGCGCCCGUCCCCUAACCCGUAGGGAGCACAUGCUGCUCUACCUUCGCUUGAAUACACUCGAACGGGCGUUAGAGGCAGAAGAUGAAGGCGAAUUUGAUGAAGAUGAAGAGGUGGCACCUCUACUGGGGCCGAACGCUGAUUUUCGCAGUGUCCGCCCUCGACUAGGGUGUGUGGUAUGUGGCGUGAACGGCCACAAAACCUGCGACUGUGAGGUCUACUUGGAGUUCCGCGAUCGAGUGCGGAUCGUCUUCGCAUAUCGCCUAUGUGGGCGAUGCGCCGAAUUCCAUGAUAGGCGUAUGUGUAUUAACCAUCUUCACUGUGCGCGCUGUAGGCGAGAGGACAGCCACCCAACAUUCCUAUGCUGGAGGCCGAUCCCGAACGAGUGA